GUCCGUCCCAGAAAUGUCAUUCCUGUUGAGGCUACAACACCAAUUGUUUCCAGAAACUUCUUUAUAUUUUGACGAUACAUCAAAAGGACUACAUCGUAUAACGUAUCGAGACGGUUAUUUGUUAUGGCUGUUGCCGAACUGGUGGCAAAAUGCUUGCAAGCACGCGAGAUGGCUUACUGUCCUUACAGCAGGUUUCCAGUCGGGGCCGCCAUUCUGACGACAGGGGGUGCUAUUAUCACUGGCUGUAAUGUUGAGAAUGCCUCCUAUGGCCUCACAGUAUGUGCAGAGAGAACUGCGAUACAGAGAGCAGUGGCAGAUGGCUACAGAAGAUUUACAGCCAUAGCCAUCACAUGUGAUAUCAAAGACAGUUUUGUGGGACCCUGUGGUGCUUGCCGACAAGUAUUAAUGGAGUUUGGUACAGAAUGGGACGUUUACCUGACUAAGCCUGAUGGAACCUAUAAGAAGACCAGUCUCAGAGAUCUCUUGCCUUUAGCAUUCACCCCAGCUCACCUGGAAAAGAACUGAUUGCAUUGUCCAACAUUUAUUUAUUUAUUUAUUUAUUUUGGUCUGUUCUGAAAAUAUUUUCUUUUUGUUCUGAAAAACGGAUUGAUGCUACAUGUGAACAAUUAAAAAUGUGAUUAUUCAUUUUGCUAU